UGGAGAGGGGAAAGUAGGCGAGGCCAAAAAGUUGUUUUCAACUUAACUCACGUGUGGCGUGCGCUGGGGGCGAACAGGGUUUACGUACUGCACCAUUUUGUAAAUGACGGGAAUUUAAAAACACAUUUUCAGUAGUGUUGCCUGUGGGAGGGUGACCACAUGGCUGGACCUUGUUGCAAGAGUACGGUGUACUUUUUAGUGUUGAAGCGUAGUCUCUCGGUCCCUCCCCGAAGCUCCGUAACUGCUGCGCGACCUACGCUCUCCGCUGGCAGGCUGGGCGAGCGAGGUGUCCAGGAAGGGUGUUGGGCCGCCCGCCCGAAUGCCCUCAGAACGGCUGGUUCUUACCGACACCCCGUAUUUCUGUGUUUCUCCUGCCAGGAAUCUAUGAGCGAGAGCCUGCGAACAUGUUAUAUUUAUUUGAAUCAGACAAGCCGGAGUUUCGCAGCCGUAAUUCAAGCGUUGGACGGAGAGUUACGGCAUGCAGUGUGUAUUUUCUACCUGGUCCUACGGGCUCUGGACACAGUGGAAGAUGACAUGAGUAUCCCACUCGAGAAGAAGGUGCCCCUGCUGCACAACUUCCACAACUUCCUGUAUGAUCCGGAGUGGAACUUCACAGAGAGCCAGGAAAAGGACCGACAAGUGCUGGAGGACUUCCCCACGAUUUCGGUUGAGUUCCGCAAUCUGGGCCAGGAGUAUCGGGAGGUGAUAUCUGAUAUCUGCUACUGCAUGGGAGUAGGAAUGGCUGAGUUCCUGGAAAAGAAAGUAGGCUCAAUGAAGGAGUGGGACAAGUACUGUCACUAUGUGGCUGGGCUGGUGGGCAUUGGGCUGUCCCGGCUCUUUUCGGCCUCCCAGCUGGAGGAUCCUGAAGUUGGGCAGGACACUGAGUUGGCCAACUCCAUGGGCCUCUUUCUGCAAAAGACCAACAUUAUUCGAGACUACCUGGAAGACCAGCAGGAUGGACGGGCCUUCUGGCCAAAGGAGGCUUGGAGCCAGUUUGCCAAUCACCUGGAAGACUUUGCCAAGCCACGGCAUCUGGACUCCGCUCUCGCCUGCCUGAACCUGCUGGUGACUGAUGCCCUCCGACACGUUCCAGAUGUCAUCAGCUACCUGACACGCCUCCGUAACCAGAGCGUCUUUAACUUUUGUGCCAUCCCUCAGGUCAUGGCCAUAGCCACACUGUCCGCAUGUUACAACAACCCACAGGUUUUCCAAGGAGUGGUGAAGAUUCGGAAGGGCCAGGCUGUAACGCUCAUGAUGCAAGCAACCAACAUGGGUGCUGUACGGUCCAUCAUCUCUCAGUACAGCCAGGAGAUUCUACAGAAGGUGUCCCUCACUGACCCAUCUCGGGACAAGACACUGCUGAUCCUGCAGUUGAUCCGUGAAAAGACUCUAUCCCAGGACAUGCUCCCGUCCCGUGCGCACCACCUGUCCCCCGUCUACCUGUCAGCCGCCAUGCUGCUAGCUGCCCUGAGCUGGCAGUAUCUGAGUGCCACAGCCGGGCAAGCCGCAGGGGGUGCGGACAUGCAGGGCCACUAGAGGGAGCCAGGAAACCCCCUAAAAACUCUAAAAGCUGUUUUAUGCUUUUUUGCAUGAAGUGUGAAUGGAAACAGAAGUGGGCAUUGGUCACAUUCAAAGGUAGUGAGCUUUAUGCACAAAUUUUUAAACAGAAUCUGCAACAGAGUGUAUUAUUGUAUGACUAAUUGAUGAGUAAUUACCUAAUUUCCAUCUCUGAAUAAUUGGUAUAUUCUGUGUCAUUCAGUGUCAUUCUCACUAAUGCAUUGGACAUGUUUGAUACCUGGUGUAUACAGCUAAGUUCUUCUGGAAUGUAAUGCUUAAAAGUGCUAUCUGCAUACCUGAGAAACGUCUUUUCAGGUGCUAAAAAUUGAGCAUGAAAACAUUUUUUCACUAGAUUCUGGAAUGUGAUGACGUAGUCUUCUAGUAAGCACAAUGGGCAUAAAUGCUCUGAAUCUCAUGGAUGGCUUGCCAGCCAUUCUCAGAAGUUCAUGCACCACCUGGGGAAAAAAGCAUAGAACAGCUUUAAUAUAUCCACUUAAGUCAAUAUCAGCCUGAUAAAUAGGUUCUAAUUGAGGGACUUGUGGUGAAUAGCAGUUUGCAAUAGUCUCCUUUGCUUUCUGUAAUACUGUUCCUUCUUCACUUCAUACAAGUUAGCCCCUUGUCAACCUGGACAUUCUUCUGUGUUUGGCCUCUGCCUUUUGUGAACAGCCACAGUCCUGAUCUGUUUAUAGCUCCUGCACUCGAGGUCAGUUCCUAGGAGAAUGACAGAAAGGAUGUGCAGUGUCACCCCUUUAAAUUUGACAUUAUUAUUGAUUGUCAUUUAAGUUUUGUUUUAAUGAAAGUAGGUUGGAGGCUGAUUGUGGCAACAUUUUUCAAAGUAAGAAGAUAUAAUCUAGUGCUUAAGCAGAGUGAAGUUUGAAUGCACCAUUGGUUUUCAAAGACACUGGGGAUGUUGUACAAAGACUGUUUAGUUCAACUUUAAGAUGUACAGUGUGUAAACAAUGUUUUCUGGGAACUUCUGUUACCAUCACUGUUGCGUCAUACAGUGAAAGGCACCAGACCUGGGAAUAUAAGAAGGCAAAGCCUAGGAGAAGCAUUUGGUUGUUUGCACCAAACAUUUAUAAAUCAGCCUUUGAAAGUGCUAUUGUACAGUACUUGAUGCAUAGAAUGUCCAGAUUAACAUGUUCCCAGGGGUUAUUUUUUGAAAUACAUACCAAAUCCUUUCAAAUUAAAAAAAGAAAAUGGACAGAGAGAAAUAUGUGUUUGAGACCAGCAAUUACAGGUAUAAGGUAAAUUGCUAAACAUGUUCCUGCCCUAGGUGUCCUUACAAUGUUGAGUUCCAAAGAUAAGAGUUGAAGGACAGCUUCCAGUACAUUGAAAUAUAUCCUUGUACCUUUCUUUUUCUGUAGCAGGUGUUUAUCAAGAAGCUCUUUGGGUGUUUCAGGUGCAUAAAUGGGUGUUUAAAUAGCAAUUAGAAGCUAUUUUAAAUCUUUUUUGGAUUUGGAACAUCUUCAGAUGAUCAGAAUGCAUUGCUCCACCUUUCACUGUGGAUUGAAGCAAAUAACAUCGGCAGAUUCUUUAAUGAUGUUCUUUUAUUUAAAUUCUCUAAAAUGCUCUGACACUCUACCAAGGUGUAUGCACAGUCUGCAUUGUAUGCAGAUUUGUGCAUUUUAAUGUGCAUCCAUUUUGGCAGGACAGUUGUCUUACAGCACCAGCAUUUUGAUUUAUAAAGACUCAAAUGUUUCAGAGCAGCUAUGCAUACAUGCUGUAAAGGCUGUUGGGGUUGUCAGAAAAGGAGAAUCACUUGCAGCAGUCAUUUAUAUAUCAACUUGCACACUCAUCAGUGUAUAGUGAUGGGUAGGGUCAUGUGCUGAUGCCAGAGCUGCAAAAUCUGGAAGGAAAAGAACAGGGAGAAGCAGUUACUUGCUUUCCAGUAUGCAUACCUAAAAAACUGUAAGAUUAGGGACAUAUCAAUUUUUAGAUAUGCCUACAAAUACAAACACUUUAAUCUUGAACCAGGUAGAAGAACUGCAGCCCACAUGGCUGAUAAGUGUCUAUCACAAUGCUUUGUUGUGCAAGCAGAAUUGUCCUUUGUACAAAAUCAGGGUGACAAAUUAACAUUUGUAAUAUGAGAUCUUAAUUUGUACAUAACUCAAUAAACAAAUACAAGAAAUAUGCUGAAA